GGAGCCACCGGCGAUCGGCGGGGGCAGGCGCGUAGGCCCGGGUUUGGUUUUUGGAGUAGAGAAAAGCAGAUUCGCUCCGGCAGCGUGGACGGAGCUAAGCCCGUCGAGAGUCAGAAUUUGCAGGAGAACUUUGCCAUCGGUCAAGAAAAGGCAUCAAGAAAGACGGCAUUAACUUCCCCCCGCGGCUCCUGCGCAGUCCCAUCUUCGGCCUUUUCCUCCAGCCAAUGAAUCUGCUGCCGACUCUCGACAGUCCAGUGACUCGGCAGGAGAAAAUGGCGACCGUGUGGGAUGAGGCUGAGCAAGAUGGAAUCGGGGAGGAGGUGCUCAAGAUGUCCACAGAAGAGAUCAUCCAGCGCACACGGCUGCUGGACAGCGAGAUCAAGAUCAUGAAGAGCGAAGUACUGAGAGUCACUCAUGAACUUCAAGCCAUGAAAGACAAGAUCAAAGAAAACAGUGAGAAAAUCAAAGUGAACAAGACUCUGCCGUACCUUGUCUCCAACGUUAUCGAGCUAUUGGAUGUUGAUCCCAAUGACCAAGAGGAGGAUGGUGCUAAUAUUGACCUGGACUCACAAAGGAAGGGCAAGUGUGCAGUGAUCAAAACCUCCACACGACAGACAUAUUUCCUGCCUGUGAUUGGGUUGGUGGAUGCUGAAAAGCUGAAGCCAGGAGACCUGGUGGGUGUGAACAAAGACUCUUAUCUCAUCCUGGAGACCCUGCCUACAGAAUAUGACUCACGGGUAAAGGCCAUGGAGGUGGAUGAGAGGCCCACAGAGCAAUACAGUGACAUCGGGGGCCUUGACAAGCAGAUCCAAGAGCUGGUGGAGGCUAUUGUCCUGCCAAUGAACCACAAGGAGAAGUUUGAAAACUUGGGGAUCCAGCCCCCAAAAGGGGUGCUGAUGUAUGGGCCGCCUGGUACAGGGAAGACACUGCUGGCCCGAGCCUGUGCUGCGCAGACCAAGGCCACCUUUCUGAAGCUGGCUGGCCCCCAGCUGGUGCAGAUGUUCAUUGGGGAUGGUGCCAAACUGGUCCGUGAUGCCUUUGCCCUGGCCAAGGAGAAGGCGCCAUCUAUCAUCUUCAUUGAUGAGCUGGAUGCCAUUGGCACCAAACGCUUUGACAGUGAGAAGGCUGGGGACCGGGAGGUGCAGAGGACAAUGCUGGAGCUUCUGAACCAGCUGGAUGGCUUCCAGCCCAACACGCAAGUGAAGGUAAUUGCAGCCACCAACAGGGUGGAUAUCCUGGAUCCUGCCCUGCUCCGUUCAGGCCGCCUGGACCGCAAGAUUGAGUUCCCAAUGCCCAAUGAGGAGGCCCGGGCCAGAAUCAUGCAGAUCCAUUCUCGGAAGAUGAAUGUUAGUCCUGAUGUAAACUAUGAGGAGCUGGCCCGCUGCACCGAUGACUUCAACGGGGCCCAGUGCAAGGCUGUGUGUGUGGAGGCGGGCAUGAUUGCACUGCGCAGGGGUGCCACGGAGCUUACCCACGAGGACUACAUGGAGGGUAUCCUGGAGGUGCAAGCCAAGAAGAAAGCCAAUCUUCAGUACUAUGCCUAGGCCUGCCCUGGGCCUGCCCUCUGGUCUCCUGCUGGCUGAAGUUCGUAAUAAAAGGUGGUUUGGGUUCCUGCCAC